GGGAGGGACUAAAAGUGUGCAUAAUAUUCCUUCCUCUGUGGGACUCGCUGUGAGCAGGUACAGCAUCUGUGCAGUCCACCGCUCAGCUGUCAUACUCAGCUGCCCAGCGCUUCCAGUCUGCAGGAAACUUCUCACACACACACGUCGCGUCCGUGAUGAGUUACUACAUGGAUCCAGUUUCUUCCUACCCAGCCCUUCACCCCUGUGACCGUCUGGGUGCAAUGAGGCAGAGUGGAGGCGUGGCAGCCGGCCCUCAGACACAGCUCCCAGGUGUGGUUCACCCUCAGCAGCAGUACUACCCAUCACAGCCCCUUUACCCACAGGACAUUCCCCUGCAGGAGGUCCCCAACGGACAUGACCUGUCCCCUACAGAUCCAGAGUGUGGAGAUGUCCCACUGCUAACUCCAGGAAGUAAAGAGAUGAUGUCCCAGGCUCUGAAAGCCACCUUCAGUGGCUUUACCAAAGAACAACAGCGACUGGGUAUUCCUAAAGAUCCCAGACAGUGGACAGAAAACCACGUGGCAGAGUGGCUGACAUGGACAGUGAACGAGUUCAGCCUGAAGAAUGUUGAAUUUGACAAAUUUUGCAUGAAUGGAGCCAACCUGUGUGCGAUGGGAAAGGAACGUUUCCUUGAUUUAGCGCCUGACUUUGUGGGUGACAUCCUUUGGGAACAUCUAGAGAUGCUUCAGAAAGAGGAUACAAAGCAUUACCCCAUCAAUGGACUGACCUCCAACUUCCAGGAAUCCCGUUAUACCUCAGACUACUUUGUCAGCUAUGGUGUUGAGCAUGCUCAGUGUGUCCCUCCUUCUGAAUACUCAGAGCCCGGCUUCAUCACAGAGUCCUACCAGACGCUUCACCCCAUCAGCUCAGAGGAAUUGCUGACGCUCAAGUAUGAGAGUGAAUACCCUGCUGUCAUCCUGCGGGACACGCCCCUCAAUCCCCUGCAGGGGGACUACUUCUCUGUAAAGCAGGAGGUGGUAUCCCCUGACAACAUGUGUGUGGGACGCCUCAGCAGAGGUAAACUCGGUGGUCAGGACUCCUUUGAAAGCAUCGAAAGCUUUGAAAGUUGUGACCGACUGACCCAGUCAUGGAGCAGCCAGUCUUCAUUCAGCAGCCUGCAGCGAGUACCAUCUUACGACAGUUUUGACUCAGAAGACUACCCCACGGCUUUGCAUGGCCACAAACCCAAGGGUACCUUCAAAGACUAUGUGAGGGAGCGUUCAGACCUCAGCAAGGACAAACCCGUCAUUCCAGCAGCAGCGCUAGCAGGAUACACAGGCAGCGGCCCCAUCCAGCUGUGGCAGUUUCUUCUGGAGCUGCUGACCGACAAGUCUUGCCAGUCCUUCAUCAGCUGGACAGGCGACGGCUGGGAAUUCAAGCUCUCCGACCCUGAUGAGGUUGCUCGAAGGUGGGGAAAGAGGAAAAACAAGCCCAAGAUGAACUAUGAGAAGCUUAGCCGUGGCUUACGCUAUUACUACGACAAGAAUAUUAUCCACAAGACAUCGGGAAAACGCUACGUCUACCGUUUUGUCUGUGACUUAAAAAGCCUGCUGGGGUACACCCCGGAGGAGCUGCAUGCAAUGUUGGACGUAAAGCCAGACACGGAUGAGUGAAAUCAGAGUUUUAAAAGGAAGUGAAGACAAAAGUUAAGGAGCCACGUGGACUGGGGCUCAUAAAGUGGUCUUAACUGUUUGAUAAAGUUGUUAAACUGUUUUUUUGGGGACCAAAAUGUUUUUAAUGACUAACUGUGGUCUUUGUCCUCUUUGAGCUCUUGUCUCUCAGACCUUGUUUUAAAAGAAGGCACAAGCCAAAAGUGUGUAUGCAUAACCCUGUUGCAUUUGAGAUGUGUGUACACGUGCGUGUGAGCGAGUGUAUGUGUGAUAUACAGUAUACCGGUAUUAUUUUGCAGCUCAAGGCAGAUGGAGCAGUAUCGAGUAGAGGUCGGGUUCUGUUUUUGCCUGAGUAGCACAGUGAUGAAACAUGAGGGUGGAGACAAAAAGUGUAGAAAAGCGCGAGAGAAAAUUCAAAUAAUUCAUGUCAUUUCAUUUAAAGUAGCAGAGAGCAGACGGAAAGUUUCCACUAAGAACGGUUGCCAAAGUGUAUAAGUGGGACUGAAGUAUAAUGUCAUAUUUGCAUACAGUAUAUGCUCCAUUUUUCUGUUUGACAAGGAGAGUGUUUUCAGCUUGGACCAAAAAAAGUGUCUCUUAUAAUCUGUUGUUCGAUGAUCAUAUGCUUGUGCCAGUAUCAUAUUAUUGAUGUUGAGAACACCCACCUACCAGGCAUAUAUUGGAAAGUGUAAUUUAGUUAUCGUGCAUAUGUUGUCAAUGAAGGUAUCGCAGUGGAACCAAACCCCAGAAGCCAAGUUUAACAGUUCAGGUUCGUCAAAGCCUUUAACUGAAAUGUGCUGAUUUGUUAUCAGACAACACUAUAGGCACUGGCCCUGUGCUGGUAGGGUUUGAGGACCGAAUGAGAUUACUCAUAGCAAGAGUGUCUGAUAGACAACUGAAAGUAGCCGUUGCGUUUGAAACUGACUUUUUCACCGUCGUGUACAUGUUUGUCAUCUUGUUAGAGACACGUAUUAUGACUGAAACUUAUGCAUUUUUGCAUAUACCAUCAGUAUUAGCAAACUGUAGACAAUCUAUGUGGGGAAAUUCAGGAGUCUUUGGUAAAAGUUGUUUAAUAUGCAGAUUAGAUGUAUAAUUUGUCAGUUCACUGUCCAUGUUAGUCUUGCUUUUGAAAUGUUUAGUCUUUUAUCUGUACAAUAAAAUCACAGGAUGAGGAGUGAUUAAAGAAAUCCUAAGAAUGUUGAAUAUGUAUUAAAUGCAGUACAUUUUUGGUCGUUAAGUGGUUUGCAGUAUAUUGUGAAGGUACAGUUUAUGGAAGAGAGACUGGCAGAGGAAAAAUGUUGACUAGAGAGAAGGAGAGGCUGUGAAGGGGAGAGAUGGAGCGACUCAAAGAGAGCUGUGGAAUGGUGAUGAGGUCUGAUAAAGAACGACAGAAACGAUGCAAGUUGGCAUUGCUCGGAAGGUUGGAUUGCAUGGGUUGUAUGCUGAGGAUGAUCGUCAAAGCGGAAUGCGGCUUUCGGCUGAAACAUUGUCACAAACAUUAGCAUUUAAUUUUGUCCGUAUGUUACUUAUCUAUGGACAAGACGAUAUCGACUUCAUAGUAAGCAAUCCAUCUACCAUUCCACAUCGAGUAGAGUUGUGGAAUUUGCUCAGAAUACACAGAUAAAGAUUCACUGGUUAGUAUUAAACAAAUUGGCAGCAGCAUCAUCCCAACAGUGGGAAUAAUGACUGUACACUGGCCUUAUGGGAAAUGCCAAAGUUGAAUAUCAUCUUAGAAUAUAAUGUUAUUGUUUACAGUGGCUGAAUGUUACCCAUAUAGAUGAAAAUAGCUUUUGAGAUGUCUGUUUGUACAGAUUGUAUUUCAUAAAGCUUUAUUGAGACCCAGAUUACACAAAUAAGCAAGACACAAAGCAGGAAUAAUAACCAAAGCCCAUGUGAGGUCUUUGACCAGGGUGCUUUGUGUGUCUUCCACUACGACUGGAAGAUAAGGAGCAGACAUUUCUCAUAUGUUUGGAAGAAGUUGACUUUGUGUUUUUAGUUUUGUUCAUAUUUUGUAAAGCACACAGCGUUAGGAUGAGAAAAAUGCCUUUGUGUGUCUGGGUUCCCGCUGAAAAGUGAUACUGUAACUGUUCAGUGUUUAAUUGGUUUCAAGCUUGUACAUCAUUAUCUAGUACUGACUCACAAACUCUCAUCCACGUUUCCAUCCAAAGCAGAGAAUACGAUCUUCAACAGAUCAGUUAGUAUUAAGCCUCACUGUACUUUAAUUCUUAAAUGUGUGAUUCAAGUUUCCAAACACUGUUUUUUUGGGGGUUUUUUUUGGCUUUCUGAUGUCAAUGUUGUGUGUAAGAAAGAGCUUUACCAAUUUUUAAACAUACAUGUAAUGUUAUUAAUGCCAUGGAGGAAAAAAAAGAAAACAUUUUCAGCACAAGGUCAUGAUGUUCUUAUGGUUGGCUUCAUAAGAUUAAUGUGUAAGUAAACAUUCUGUUACCAUAAAUGUUAUAUUUUAAAAUAAUUUUGUCAGGAAAAUAGAUUAUUGUCAAAUGUCACAAUUUACAAUCUACUGCAGGUUUUAUGUAUUAAUGAGCCUUCGUUAGGCAGGUGUAUUGAUACCAAUAGUUUGUGGCAUAUGCAUAUCUCAGAAUGGAUCCAGAAGGAAAACGUUAUUGUUUUAGAUGUUGUUUUUUUUGUAUAUUUUAUAGUGUCUCUGUAUUUUUGUUAUGAGAUCAUUUUUAUUGUAUUUAGUUCACAAACAUUUGAAUAUUUUUCAAUAAUUUAUAUUUUAUAAAAGACGAGAUGCAGACAGCUGGUGCUUUCAUGGGGAUUUAAAGGUAGCGCAGGACAAAGUAAUGUAGCGAUAUUUUUUUGUUGUCGUUUUUUUUUUUUUUGUUUUUUUUAAUUCUUUUUUAUAUAGAAAAUAAACCUGUCUGCUAGAGGAAAAAAAAAGGCUGAUGCUGGCCCAUCAAUGAUUUCUGCUGGAAAGGUUUUAUAAACUGUAGCUUCUAUUUCUAAAAUGUACUUAAUGUACUUCAAAUGUUAUGAAAUAUAUGUGAACAAAGAUUUCA